AUGUCCCGGCCUUUGAGGAAGGAUUACCGCACGGCGGACUUUGAGCAGCUGAGCAAGAUGAUCAAGGAUCAUCCGCUGAUGAAGACUCCUGAAGUGGAGCAUCAGCAGAUGCAAAAGCUGCGGACUCCAGAGUAUCGGACGAAGUGCGUGAUGAGGGCUUCUCUAGACGACAUCGCUUUGGGGAUCAAUCUCUACAAGCUGCAGCUGGACAAGCCUAUGUCUCCCACUCUAGAGGAACCAAAUUACCUAAAGGAGCCGGCCGCGUCUGCCCGUUCAGCUCCCUCUGCUCGACCGCCAGCCACGCCCUUCAUCAAAGUACUACUCCGAAAGACUCCCAUAGUGGUUUUAUUCGAAAGACGCAGCAUGACCGCUUUGGCGGACACGGAAGAGGGUCGCCAGGUGAUGGAAGAUAACCAGAAGUACGAGGAGCUCCUCGCUGGAACGGAUAAAACACGGAGAUCUGUGGAUGCAGACACACAAACCAUGACAGCGUUGAUGAAAUCCAGGCUGGUAAACACCGAACGGUUGACCACUGCCCAGAUGGGUUCCUAUGUCUCCAACUUUGAAAUGUACGACACCUAUACUGACCUGGAGAAAUCCACCACGAGUGUCCAGGUUCAGGGCGAGAAGAAGAUGGAGAUAACCACAUAUCACGUAGGCGGAGUAGAUCAGUUCGUGGGGAUCAACAGUCUUCCUGGGUUUCGACUGGCUCUAAUGUUGACCAUGCGCAUCCUGGCCAGCAACGUUUUUGAGCCUCAACAGCGGAGGUAUAGGAAUAUGGCACUACCAGAUCCUUUGGCUGAGGAUGUGAAGUUCAAAUACCGCUUAGGACUCCUGUGGAGAUUGAGUCCACCUUCAUCCAACCCCAAGGUUCAUCAGGCAGUGAGCGAUGUAACCUUUUGCCCAAGUAAUGGUGACAUAAUGGCGGUGGCCUACGGGGUCUAUAGCCAUGGCAAGGUCAGCAAGUUGCCAAGAUCCGGAUGGGUUUAUGUGUGGAACAUCAAGAACCCUGUUAACCCGGAGAGGCGUUACAACUAUCAAGUUCCCGUCGUCACGGUGGAGUUUUCCCCCACUCAACCUCAGUUAUUAGCCAUUGGUCUUCAUAAUGGAGGCGUCGAGGUCAGGGAUAUUUCUAGUCAGGAUCUCCCAGCAUUAGCUGUAUCUCAACGUUCAUCUUCACCACAUUUUGAACCAGUUACGGCCAUAAAAUGGAUAUAUUUUGAGGGAGAUGUUGGAUCCAGGAACCCCCACAUCACACCCUUCUUGGCCACUUCGCAAGCGGGAGCUGUAACAAAAUACCGGCUGAUCAACAGUCCGAAUAUGCUGGGAUUUGAACAGCAGCGUUUGCAGCGGGCGGAGGGCGAGUUAGAGGGAAUUCCCAUUGAGCGACAGCCGCCGGCGGCUUCGUUACUGGCCAACAGGCAUCCCCAAUGCUUGGAGAUAGUGCUUGAUCCCGUGCACGCUGAUAUUUACUAUGUCCUGACCGACGAGGGAACAAUGUACAAGUGCUCUACGAAUUACCCCCUACAGCACAUGGAACUGAGACAGGUCCAUGACGGUCCGGCCGGCUGCAUGGAGUUCUCACCCUGGUCUCCAAGGCUUUACCUCACUUGCGGAAGUGACUGGUGCAUUCGAAUUUGGUUAGCUGGAAUCCUGCUACCCAUAGUGACGCUCCAACACCACCUCUCUCCGGUGCACUGCGCCCGAUGGAGCCGAACCCACUCCACUAUAUUGGUCUCUCUCAGUCGAAGCACUGUGGAUAUCUGGGAUCUGCGCAACAGCACCAUGAAGCCGGUGUCGUCAACCGUAAUCGAUGCUGAUAUCUUCUACACAACCUUCAAGUUCACCCAUUGUGGUCGUUCGUUGGCCGUGGGAAAUGAAGCUGGCAACCUGCUCAUGUUGUCCUUUGAGGACAUGCCAUUCCCACCACACUUUCAGUACAAGCAGCUCAAAAGAGCCAUCUUCAAGGCCCUGUCCAUGCAGCCGGAUCUCCGCAAGCAGGUCAAGAGCGUUGGAUACUUCGGCUAUCCGGGAGGAAAGAUGCAAACCAGAGCUUGA